AUGUGUGAACCCUUCGUGGGAGCCUGGAAGCUGGUCUCCAGCGAGAAUUUUGACGCAUACAUGAAGGAGUUGGGCCUGCAGCUUAGAUUCUCCAAAAGUUCACGUUCAGCUGUUGCAGAACAGGUGGGAAGAAGCCAUCAGGUCUCCUUUGGGGAGGGAGAUGCUCAGCUCUGGGUCAAGCUGCCGGGAGUGGCCAUGUUGAUUGGGAAAUUAGUUCCACUCUACAUGAAUGCCCAGGGCGUGGAUCUGGCCACCAGGCGGCUGGGCGGGUCAGCAAAGCCCACUGUUCACAUCAGCUGCGACGGGGACGUGAUCACCAUCGAGACCAAGAGCGCCGCCGCCAGCAGCGCCAUCUCCUUCCGGCUGGGCCAGCCGUUUGAUGAGACCACAGCUGACAACAGGAAAGUCAAGAGCCUCAUCACCUUGGAGGGCGGAGCCCUGGUCCACAUGCAGAAAUGGGAUGGCAAAGAGACCACCAUAAGACGACAGGUCGUGGGGGACACCCUGAGAGUGGUGUGCACCAUGAACGCUGUGGUCAGCACCAGGGUCUACGAGAGGGUUUGAGGGUACCCGGCCGGGCCGGACAGGAUCUCCCGCUUCCUGAAGACCACGAGCCACGGGGCGAAGACAAAG